CUGGGCUCCCUCCAACUCGUUUAUAAUUAGCAGCCUGUGAAAGUUUCGGGGGAGUAUACUAUCACUUCCUGCUUUAAAGUCCACCAGUGGUCACAUGUGAGGGAUCCUUGCUAUCGGGUUUUGUCAGAGAAUGAACUUUGUCUCGGUUCCUCUUUACAAAAGGAAAGCAGGAUCUCCGGCUUUGUUUCGUUCUGAACUAAGAAUAAAAUAGUCUGCGUCCUCUCACACCGGCUGUUUUUUAUAAUGCUAACCUGUUAAAACGCAGGUGUGCUUUUUUAUUUUUAUUUUUUUAUUUUUUUUGUGCGUGUCUGAGGACAUACUUUUUGGUAGCAGAACAGGAAAUGGCUGCAGUAAAGCUGGGAGAAAUAGUUGUUUUUGAUCUGAGACAUCUUCAGGGUGUAGUCUAAAAGGGAAGUAGCCUCGCAAACAGCGGAGCGAGGCCAGGCGGACAUGUACGAAAGCGGGUCGGCCAGCUUUGGCUCGGAACCAGCCGACGCCCACGGCAGCGGGCCACCCAGACAGAGCUCCGUUGUGGAGCGGCUGUCUCGGUAUGGCAUGCCGGUCAUGCCCGGGGCUUCCCAGCGUAGGUGGAGGCUGCAGCGGCAGCAAGAAGUCAGCGACGGCGCCGCUCCGGGAGGACUCAGCAGGGACCCUCCGGAGAGGGAGUCGAUCCCACCGGCUCUGCGCAGAAAGUACCUGAAGUUGCUGCUGAGCGGCUCGGCGAGCAGCGGCUGGAGCAGCGUGCUGCAGUGCUCCCGGAGCCAGAGCCUGCUCCCCGAGGAGGAGGUGGCGGAGGAGGAGGCUGACUGGGCUCUGUAUCCCAUGGAGCACGCCUGGAUGCUCCUAGCGGUGGAGGGGAGCUACGAAACCAUCCUAGACUUCAUCUCCGAGGACCCGCAGCUGCUAACCAGGAGGGACUUCAUCAGCGGGUACUCGGUUCUGCACUGGCUGGCCAAGAGGGGCCAGGACGAGGUUCUGCUGAAGCUGCUGCGCUACGCGGAGCGGGCGGACGUGGCCGUGAACGUGAACCUGCGGGGCAGCGGCGGACUCACGCCGCUGCACGUCGCCAGCAUGCACGGCCGGUUCGCGGUCAUCAAGCUGCUGGUCGGGGCGUUCGGCGCCGACGUGGACGCCAUGGACUACAACGGCAGGCGGCCGUGGCAGUACCUGAAGGAGGACGCGCCGCUGGAGAUGAAGGAGCUGCUGGGAACCUGGGACGAGCAGCACAGCUGCGGGGUUGCGCAACUUCUGAACAAGAACGUCAACAAUAACUGCGCUGGCGCAGUGGAGCUGGCCGCGUGUGACGAGGUGGAUGGCGCAGAACCCGAAGAGGUGAAUACCUACAAGACCAAGAAGAGCGGCUGGAGAUUCAGCUCUUUAAGAAAGCUGAUAUCCUCUUCAUUUGUUGGAUACAAGACAUGAGACGUGCGUGUGAAAAUAUAACUGUUAUGGCAAUUUCAAUAAGUUUAAAUAACUGAUUUUCUUUUGUUAUAAAAGGAUGAUUAGGGGUCCAAUUUGAUAUUUAGGCACGUCUAUGACCAUGGUACUGUGGUUUCUUCUGUAUUCCUCAAUUAUUUUAUUUAUUUAUUUUUUUUACACCAUAAAUAUAAACACAUUUUUACACGAAUAAGUACCUAACGUGCCUAUAUUGAUGGCGUUGUGAACGAGUUAUACUAUAAAAGGGAUGUGAUAAUAUCCCAAGGUAAAGCACUAAUCAGAAAACGAUAAAUGUUUUCUUUCAGAAAAUUGGUGUGAAAAUUAAACAAAUUUCUCCUAUUUUUUUUCUCAAGGAAAAAGGUACUGUGGUGUUUUUAAUUAGAUAUAGAUAUCUUGUCAUGUUGUAUGCACAAAGUGCGUACAGAACGAAAUUACGUUUGCAUACAGCUUGAGAAAAAGUCACUCUAGAAAUCACUCUAAAAAAUCACAGUA